AUGACUACAACCGAGGACAGCGGGCGGACGCAGCGCUUUGCACACAUCUUUGCGCGCCUGCAGGAGCUCCAGAAUUAUGGCUGGGACCCGGCCAUUGAGCCCUUCCACUCUUCGUACGACAACUACCAUUUCUUUGGCUACGAAAAGACUGCGCCCAAGCAGGAACGCCCGCAAUCGAGGGGACGAAGCACCGUAGCCUCCCCCACCCUGUCGCAUUCACCCGACUCUGCCACCCGAAGCCGGCCGACUGUGACGCGCACCCACCGCAGCUCAGGCUCCGAUGCGAGCGUCCAAACACACCGCACCAAUACCACAGUCAAGGGCGUAGCGCGAGAAGGCCGACCCGUCGUAUGCCGUGUCUCAGCACAGACUCUGCGACUCGAGCGCGAGUUCCAGCUCGCCAAACUCGUCGUCAAGGAAUCAGAUCCAGAAUGCCGGCACUUUGUUCGCCCUAUAGAGUUCGUCCGCCUCUCGACCAAAGCUGGUGAGGAGCCGCUCGUCGCCAGCAUAUUCGAAGCCCCUGGGCCCAACUACCUCCACGACUUGGUCAACUUUGGUCCCAACUUUUGGAAGGUCACCAGCAAUGCACAGAGCCAUCAACCAAACCCCUCCAUUCCCAACCGUGGCGUGCCCCUCCUUACCUUUCUCGAUUUCGCCGUUGGAUCAGUCGAGUGUCUGGAGAUUCUGCACCAUGGUCACGAAAUUGUCCAUGGCGAAAUACGCGGUGAUGCCUUUCACUUCGCCGAGAACGGCAUUGUCAAGAUGAUCAAUUUCGGCUCUGGCGCGAGGUCCUUUGAGAAUGGACUGACCAGCGCAGGCUGGAGUACUUUGUCCAAGGAGACUGGCAUCGAGUUGAAGUUGGCCUUCAUAUCUCCUGAGCAAACCGGCCGUAUGCCUGCUGAGCCCGACACACGGACCGACAUCUACAGUCUUGGUAUCCUUUUCUACACAAUGCUAGGUGGUCAGGCGCCCUUUGAAGGCGCUACAGCUCUCGAUGUCAUGCAGAAUGUCAUCAGCAAGCGGAUCCCACCAAUCUCCUCUAGACGUCUAGACGUCCCAGAGGCGCUCUCAGAAGUCAUACAGCGCAUGACUCAGCGUAACAUCGAGGAUAGAUACCAUUCCACGUCGGGGCUCAAACACGAUCUUGCCCGCAUCCGUGAGUUACUAUGUGAAGGCGAUGUCGAAGGACUGAAGGCCUUCCGUGUAGGCUCCAAGGACAUCAGUUGCUUCUUCAAUCUACCUCUCAAGCUGAUUGGACGUGAGAAGGAGAAAAAGACUAUAGUAGAUGUCUUGGAGCGGGUGUCAAGGCACCGCCGAAGUAGCAUCAAAACUCUUCAAAGCUUGAGUUCAGGCUCUUCCUUUUCAGAUCAACGACGAGACUUGAGCUUUGACGAUGUUGUUUCAGAGAGCACCAGCUCGAGAGGCUCAGAUAGCAGGCUCAACAGCGUUUCCGCAGAUACUCCCGUCUUUAUGGGAGAUGCUCGGUCAAUACAACACGAUUCACAGGACAGUGUAGCACAGUCAGAAGUCUCUACAGCUGAAGGAAGCGUGGAUGGCCGACCUCAACUGCAAUCUGCAAAUCGAGGGCGAUCUAACAAUAGCAUUGAAAGCUCCGCCCUUCACUCUCGCUCUUAUCAGUCCAACGACGGCCUGCGUACCCUAGCCAGCACACGGAAAUUAAGACGCAAGGCUCGAUGUGAGGUGAUAGUGAUAGCUGGUACCACAGGAUUAGGCAAGUCUCGUCUUGUGCAAAGUGUACAGAGCACAGCGAGGAGUACCGGCUAUUUCGCCAUGGCCAAAUUUGACCCUGCAAAGAAAGCACCCUUUGAUCCCAUCCUAAGAUUGAUGUCCUCCUUCUUCCGACAAAUAUGCGAGGCCGAUGUUAUGACAGAGUUUCAUCAGAGGCUGCGCCAUUAUCUUAGGAACAGCGGAGUUUGGACGGUGCUGCGAACUUACCUGGACCUUCCUGAAUGGCUCUUGAACACAAACGGCACAACAAAAAGUGCGCAGCAAAAGGACCUGGAUACAACCAAAGACAUGGAUCGACGGGCAUCAUCUCCUGCCGUUCAUUGUGGAUCAGCUGGACAUACUGCUGAAGCCUGGCUGCGAAGUGGAGGUGCUUCCAAAUCCUCUAGAUUCAUGAAUGUCUUUAUAGACGUUUUACGACUCCUUGCCGUACACAAGCUUUGUACAUGGAGCUUAGAGGAUGUUCAGUAUGCUGAUCCAGAGAGUGCUGAGCUGAUCCAUCACAUCGUGCAGGCUAGAAUUCCACUUGUUCUUAUGCUUACGUACACCAACGAAGAGACCUUGCCCCGGGAACUCAUCCCAUUACUACGCCACGCCACCAAGGUACAGCUUCUACCGUUUUCAGAGGCGCAGACUGCGGACUAUGUAGCCGAAACGCUCCAUCGAGAUCAUCAAUACAUCCUCCCUCUGGUAGCGGUAGUCCAGGAAAAGUCUCGAGGCAACCUGUUUUACAUACGCGAGAUACUUGACACUUGCUAUCGCAAACGAUGCGUGUACUACGAGUGGCGGGAGAAUAACUGGGUUUUUGACCUCGACAAGGUUUUCGCAGUGUUCGAGAGCCCGGAGUACGGUUCAUCCGUGACGACUGAUUUCAUAUCAAAGCGAUUGACAGAGCUACCAUCAGCAAGCAGGAAACUCCUAGCAUGGGCUUCUCUUCUGGGCGGCACAUUCUCGUUUGAGCUCUUGCAGAAGCUACUCGACCCGGCGAACAAGCCCGCUGAUACCGGGAGACUGCCUCUUUUCGACGAAAAUGAGUGUGCCGUCACAGCCCUCGAUGCAGCGCUCAAAGCCUACGUACUCAUGCCCGCUGACCAGGACGCUCGAUUUAGAUUCAGCCACGAUCGAUACCUCACAGCAGCUGUCAACUCUCUUGACAGCGAUUGGGACACGCAGCUGAUGCACUUCACAAUCGCUAAAAUGAUAACUGCUGGCGAGGAAUACAACGACGACUCAACGAUCGGAUCCAAGGCAUUAUACAUGCAGAGCCGUCAUAUCUGUCUUGCUGCAGAACUCAUAAAAGCCAAAGAGACAUACCGGGCUCCAUUUCGAGAUAUGCUGUACCAAGCGGGAGAAACUGCAUGCGAGUCUGGUGCAAGAUCAACUGGCAUCUACUACUUUGCUCACAGCCUAAUGCUCUUACAAGACGAUCCAUGGGACGACAAUCAGCCAGAUGUCUCGUAUCAAGAGACUUUGCAGCUCUUCGUAAGAUCAGCAGAGUGCUAUUGGCAUCAAGGCAUGUUUGAUGAGGCGCUUAGCUUGAUCAGGACGACUUUUCAGCACGCGCGGGAUCCUUGCGAUAUGGCUAGUUCGUUUAUUCUGCAGUCCAGAGUGUUUGCCAUUCGUGGUGAUAGUUUUGGUGCAUUCCAGGCUCUCAAAGAUUGCCUUUCCUUGUUAGGAUCCCCUAUACCUCCGACAACGUGGGAAGCGUGCGACACCGAAUUUCAACAAAUAUAUGGCAAGCUUCAGAAUAUCGACAAAGAAGAGUUGCUUAAACGUCGGGCGUCGCCAGAUGACCGCGUCUUGAUGACGAUUGGGCCUGUGUUCAUCGAGCUCCUUAGUGCGGCGUUCUGGUCAAACAGCCUUUUAUUCUAUCAAUCGACGCUGAAGCUCAUUUCAAUACAUCUCGAAAAAGGUACCAUGUCACAGGUAGCCCUAGCUUAUGUGCACCUGGGGACUGUUGCAGGCGGCCGCUUCAACAUGAUGCAGUUCGCUGUGGAUACGGGUGCCAUCGCGAAGCGGAUCUUCCAGAUGUUCCCCGAUGACUAUUACACCCUGGGUAGGGGCCAAACUUUGCAGCCAAUGUUUCUGGGUCAUUUGGAAGCGCCUGUGGGUGAUCUGAUACCGAGCUUGGAAGGAGCCCUGCAAGCGUCUCUUACCGCAGGUGAUAGGAUCCUUACACUUCUGAACCUCGGAGUACAAGCCCACUUUAGGGUCAUGGCAUCACACGACGCCGUAGAACUAGAGGCCUGGGUUGAGGAAACUCCACUGGACAUGCGAAAUUGGCAAAAAGACAUGCGAGGAGGCGUUUUCCUAAUGGCUGCUCGGCAAUACGCGAAAGCGCUCCAGGGAAAGACCGACACAGGUAGCCCUUCGCUGCUCCUCUCAGACGACGACCACAACGAGGCCGAGUAUAUCGACUUUCUUGAACAAACGGCUAGCAAUCCGAAGCGUCCGAAGUCUAUAUAUCUUGCUACCAAGCUUCCGUUGCUGGUGCUCUAUGGUCACAAUCGGGAAGCGGUUGCGCUUGGGGAGAUGUUGCUUCCAAUGCUGAGCAGUCUUUGGUCUGAAAGACUGAACUAUUCGGUCAGGUAUUACCUAUCGCUAGCAUACAUGGUUCUUCUUCGAGACGAACCUGAGCAUAGCCGGAGAGGCGGGAUGAUCCAACACGUUCAAGGUACCCUGAAGCUGCUUGAAGCAUGUUGCACUGUAACUGAUGCCAACUACCGGGGUUGGAUACAUCUUCUUACUGCCGUUCUUGCAGAUAUCAACGGCGAUCCUCAGUCGACGUUGGAGAACUACGAAGCAGCCAUGGACCAUAACGAACGUUACGAUUUCAUCCUAGACGAAGCUUUCGCCCUGGAGCUAUACACUGGAUGGUUAGUGAAUAAGAAGGCCUACAGGGCGGCUCGGCAUGCGCUCAAGGACUGCCUUUCGACGUAUCGGAGGAUGUCCGCGUAUGGAAAAGCAAAUCACUUUGCUAGCCGUUAUGAGUGGCUAGUUCACAGCGGCCGAUCAUUUACGACAGCGGACCAAGCCGUACAGACCUCGGUCGUGGACACGGGUAACACAGCCUUCAGGCUUGAGCAGAACGACCACGACCAUUUCCUGGGACCAGAAACCGCGGUCGAUCGAACCCAAGACUGGAUCGUACCGGAAACGCGGCGCCAGGAAUCUGCCCCAGCUCUCCACAAUGGACUUUCGGCUGUGGGCCUUGACAUGCUGGAUCUAUCAUCAAUCCUGGAGUCGAGUCAAGUUCUUUCCAGCGAACUUGUUGUCGAUAAACUGAUGGCAAAGAUGAGUUCAAUUCUCCUCGAAUCUACGGGCGGUACUUUGUGCGGCUUAGUGAUUGAAGACUCGCAAAUCGAGUGGUCGAUUGCGUGUGUCGCUACCAACGAGCCUGACAACGACAGCGGGUUCUCUUCUGGCGUCACAUCCUUCCCUGCAAGUCAACCUUUGGAUACUGUGGACGAUGUUGUCGCUCGACAGGUGACACUAUACACGCUUCGCUUCCGAGAGACAGUCUUCGUCCAGAACCUAUACGAAGACGAUCGGUUUUCUAAUGUCUCAGACGCCUAUCUACAGCGCAAUCCAGAGGGGAAAGCAGUCAUAUGCAUCCCGAUUCUCCAUAGCGACCAUUUGCUGGGCUCGAUCUACGUGGAAGGUCCGCCGAAUUCAUUCACUGAACGCAACACCCAGGUUCUCCGAUUGCUUGUAAACCAGAUAUCCAUCUCCUUGGCUAACGCACUGCUCUUCAAGGAAGUGGAAAGAGUCUCUGCCAGCAACGAAGCAAUGCUCGAAAUGCAGAAACGUGCUUUGUCGCAAGCGCGAGCGGCGGAGAUCAAGGCGAAAGAGGCUGAGGCCAUCGCUGUGCGCAAUAUGAAGUUGAAAGAAGAGGCUGCAAAGGCAAAGAGCCUUUUCCUGGCUAACGUAUCCCACGAGUUGCGCACCCCCCUGAACGGCGUGAUCGGUAUGUCUGAGCUGUUGAAGGCUUCACCACUCAACUCCGAACAGUCCGGAUACGCCGAUUCGAUUCGCGUUUGCGCCGAUACACUACUUUCCAUUAUCAACGACCUACUAGACUAUUCUAAGCUCGAGGCCGGCAAGAUGAAUGUUUUGGAGAUGCCGAUAUCACUGUCUGAGACGAUUGCCGAGGUCGUACGCGCUCUUGCAUACACGAACGCCGAGCGAGGUCUCAAGACCAUUGAGCAGCUGCAUUUAGAUCCCGAGAUGCUUGUUAUGGGCGAUCCUGUCCGACUGCACCAGAUUCUCAUGAAUCUGCUGUCUAACAGCUACAAGUUCACGCCACGGGGAUCAGUCACUGUCCGCGCUGUUGUAGAUCAAGAAACAGACGACUGGGUAGACGUGACAUGCAGCGUCAUAGACACUGGCAUCGGUAUCCCAGACGAGCAAAAGCAGAAGCUCUUCCUCCCUUUCUCGCAAAUAGAGUCGAGCUCCGCAAGGAGCUAUGGUGGUACUGGUCUGGGUCUCAGCAUCUGCAAAGCUCUUAUUGAAAAUGUCAUGCAUGGUACCGUACGUCUCGACAGUCAGCCAGGCCAGGGUACAACAGUCACCUUCUCGUUGCGGUUCAAGAAAGUACCGAAAGCGCAAGCAGGUAACCAACCGCAAAGAACGCGAGAGCCAGAUCCCAUGGCGAGAUUCUCAAGCCAGGGUAACAACGGUCAUGAGCAGUCAUCCGGUACUUGCAUCGAUCUUUCAACCAUACCUAGGCGAGACCUUCGAGUGUGCAUUGCAGAAGACAAUUUGAUCAAUCAGCGCAUUGCAAUCAGUUUCGUGCAAAAGCUUGGCUUCAAGUGCGACGCCUAUCUCGAUGGCUUCAAGACGAUUGACGCGCUAGAACGCGCUUCAGAGAAUGGUCGGCCCUUCCACUUGGUGCUCAUGGACGUGCAAAUGCCGCAUUGUGACGGUUACGAAGCCACAAAACUUAUCCGCAAGCAUCCUAAUCCCGAGAUUCGCAAUGUCCUUAUCAUUGCCAUGACCGCUUCCGCUAUUCAAGGAGAUCGGGAGAAAUGUUUGGACUCCGGAAUGAAUAAUUAUCUCGCUAAGCCGGUGCGCGCGCAGACACUCAAGGCAUUGUUGGACUCCUACCUGAACAAAAACAACGAGGUAGAAGAGAUUCCUAAUCUAGCGAUCGAAGCGAAAAAGCUGGUCAAAGAGGCAUUGAACGAGGCGGAAGCGCUGCCUGAUGUCACAAGUGGGAACAGAGAUUUGGAGAAACAGGAGGACCGCAACGGAGGCGCAAGUGUUGUGGGAGAGACGAAGAAUGGAAUUACGGCAGCAGAGAGGGAGGGGAAGAAAAUUGAACGACCGAGCAGUUCCAAGCUGAGCUACAUAAUGGACGACACCAUGUCCCAACGACAAUCUCUAGAACAUAAACGGCACCAUCACUUUGGCCGCCACCGCAGCGGGAGCUACCUCUCCAGACGCUCCUCCUCCUACUCUGCUACACUCGACACAACAUCAUCCAACGCACCACCCCGCAUCUUCGAAGGCACAGACGCCGUUCACCAGAACCGCAAAGUCGCACUCCAACGCGUCAUAGACACUCACCAUGCCCUUGAACUUAAACAUGGUGAUGCCGCACAAACACCAACGAGCACCAGUAGCGACCGCCCCACAUCGUCUUCUUCUUCCAUGUCCUCGGAUCCUUUUACUAUAGACUUUGCCGACAUGUCGUUUCCCGACGCCGAAGUCCGCGCUUUUCGCUACUUGCAAAGGAGGUGGGAUGCCAACACGUACUGCACGCCCGACGCGGAGUUUGCAACUGCGAUUGCAGGGCGGAAAGAAAAGUUUGAGGAGACGGCGAUCAAACAUUUCUUCAGCCGUGUCGCGCUGUGGAAUGCAAGUGCAGAGGAGAAGCAAGAAGCGGGUAUGACGCGCAGUGUCUUCUUCUUCCGUAACAGGCGGCGGAGGAGGUCGAGGGCAAAGAGCGAUGUUAGUCGCAUGCUGGGCAUACCGGAGAGGGAUGACAAGGACAAGGAGGAUGAGGCGUUGGAGGCGUUGAAGGAGGUUACUACGAGGGAGGGGCUGGCGCAGUUACUUUGGACGUUGGUGCAUACUGAUGAGGAGUUGGCGGGAUUGAGAGAGGAGUGUAUGGGCGCGUUGAAGGAGAUGUAUAGGGUGACUGUUACGGGGGUGGAAGGUGACGGGUCUUGA